AUGGAGCAAUCAUCAUCCAAUAUUGCGGCAUCCACGACCAAUGCUCGACUCGAUGAUGCAGCAGCAACAACAGCGACAGACGUACCUUCACCGCGCACUGUAAGAACGAAUUGGUUGAGGUUUUCAUGGAAUCAAAUAUCCGGCGCAAGCAAGGCGAUACUGUUGAUAUCAUUCUCAUUAUCGCUUAUACAGAUUGCUGUCACCAUCGCCAUCCUUGCCAUUGGAAGCAGUAGUGGCAUGUCAUGUAGCAAGCCACUGCAAUUGUAUCUUAUCAUUUUUGUCGUGCGAGUGGGUUUAUCACUUCCUCUAUCAAUCUACCAACAUUUAUUUACACCCAGAGGCCGAAGACGAAACAGCAGAAGAGGUAGACGAGAAGAUGCAAGGCGCAGACGAAGAAGACAGACUGAGAAUAGACAUGAUGCGCCGACAAUGCCUGCAACAACAGAAACCAACAAUACUUUAGCUGCAAAUCUGAAUUCACAAGAUGACAACCAUUUACAGCAAGAUGUUGGCAACAAUCAGCAUGAAGAGGAAGAAGGAAAUCAAAAUCAAGAACGACCAGCUUCAUUAAUCAGUGGAUGGACUGAUAGGGUGAAAUCAUUACUGGAUUUGUUUGCCAUACUAUGGUUCAUUGUAGGCAAUUAUUUGAUAUUUUCACAGUCUGAAUGUCCAACUACAGCAGCGCCUUAUUACUACACUAUUCUUGCUUGGAUAUUACUGGGAUAUUUGAUCUUGCUGAUUCCAUUGCUUGCUUGUGCAGCUGUUAUAUUUUGUUUGCCUUGUGUCUUGGUAGCAUUGAGGACAUUCAGCAUCAAUGUAACCAAUGUCAUGGUUGGCGGUACAAAGGAGGAAAUUGCUAAAAUCCCGGUAUUCAAAUACAAAGCAUCGGCCAACUCAACAGCUACUACUGACAAUACAGCUACCACGCAAACAUCAGAGAAUGCCAACGAUACAAACACAAACACAAACACAUGUACUACUACUACUGCGAAAAAACCCAGUUUUAUAAGAAGAAUCAUGAAAAGACCAUCCUACCACAACAAUCCAGAUCAGCAAAAACAAAAUGCUCAUCUUGAGGCCAUCACCAUACCUAGAGCGGAAGAUGCUGCUUGCUCAAUUUGUUUGGGAGAAUAUGAGACUGAUGAACUCAUCUGUAAAUUAUGGUGCCAACAUCAUUAUCACAAGGAUUGUGUACAAGAAUGGCUGGCGCUGAACUCCAAAUGUCCAUUAUGUAAACGGGAUUUUCGAGGCAAGGAUUAUGUGAGUGAUUCGGAUGAGUCUGAUACAGAUGACGAUGAGGAGGAGCAGUAUUAG